AUGGCAACGGUGACUUCGACACCAAAUUCUACUCAUUCAAUUUUAAAUGAAUAUAAUCAUCAACGAACAUCAAUAAAUAAUAAUGUUACUUAUUCGAAACAAUCACUUGAUUAUUCAUUAUCAUCAUCAUUAUCACCAUCUUCAAAUGUUUCAAGUAAUAAUGUGACAAGCAAUACAUCGAUAUCAUUAAAUUCAUCAUCCAAUAAAUCUCCACACCUAAAUGAUUCUGUUAUUCAAGAAGAACAACAACGUUUAAUCGAUUAUUUUGUCGUAUGUGGCCUAGAUAAAAAUGUUGAUCUGGAACCAUGUGAAUCAGCCGGUAAUAUUUUACUUAGUCCACUACAAAAUUCUUAUCGUUGUCGAGUAUUAGCUCAUUAUCCGAAAGAUGUGACAAACAAUACAUUCGAUAAUGAAGCCAUUGUUAGGCUAUCAAUGCCACAUGGCGUUACUUUUAAAACUCAUCCGGAAGAAAUUCAAACUCAUCCAUUUUUGAUCACACGUCUCGAUGGACAACGGUAUUACGGUAUGUCAUUAACAUUUUAUGAAAAAAUUGAUGAUACAUCGCCAAUCUGUUCUCGAAUGGAACAACUUCAACAUGAUUACGAUCAACAAUUACAACAAUCACAUGUUGACAAGGAACCUUAUUCACAACACCGUCGAACACCCUCACUAUCCACAUAUAUGUCUUCUACAUCUUCACCAGCAAAACUCAUGUCUAUGUCAACAGUUAAUUCAGAUUAUUCAUCUCUUCAACGUUUAAUGAAACCAAACUCAAAACGUCAACAAUUACUACAUUAUAGUCGAUUAUCCGAUACACUUUAUGUUACGAAAACUAUUUGCUUAAUUUCACAAUAUGCAUACUAUACAUCUUAUCGUAAAAUUCUGGAAACACUCUAUCGAAUGGAAUCAGAUUUAGAUCUCUUAGGAUUACCUCUCGAAUCUUAUUUGUAUAAUUUACUCUAUGAUGUUUAUCUACCACCGCCAGGUCACAUUAUGAAAUUUUAUGUUGGAGAAAAAAUUUUGUCGAUUUAUCGUCCAGAUGAGAAAGAGUUACCUUUACUCGACUUUAGUCUAUUAGAAUUUUUUCAAUUAUUGGGUGUAAAGAAUGUCGUGGAUUUGUUUACAUGUGCACUGUUAGAACAUCAAAUUAUAUUGAAAUCAUCUGAUUACACUCGUUUAAUGUUGGUUGCAGAAUGUCUAACAAGUUUAUUUUUCCCGUUUACGUGGACAUUACUUUAUGUACCCAUUGUGUUUACAGCUGCGUUAGUUUGUAUUGAUGUUCCGGUACCAGCUAUUAUGGGACUAAAAAUUAAUGACGAUGAAGAAGUUACAUUUGAAGCUCAAAAAUGUGUCGUUAAUAUUGAUACAGGCAGUAUCCAGUUACCCGAAGAUACUCCAUUCUUUCCUGAUCGUAAUAAAUUCAUUGAAGAAUUAAGUAAUAUUUUAUCACAUUUUGAAUCACAACAGUCACAAUUAUCAUCCAGCAACAAUUCGACUUCUUUAAAAUCAUCUGUUCACGCACCUUCUCUCUCAAACUACAGUCGAUCGAUGAACAACGAUUGCUAUAUGGCUUCAUCAUUUAAUCAGUCAGAUAACGAUGAUAAUGAAAAUGAAAAUACUAACAACUUAGAUGAACCAAGUCAAGCAUUAGCACGAAUGGCAGCAAUCGCGAAACGAGCGGGAAUCAUAUUGAAUGACAAUUCAAAUGGUUCUAAUGAUAAGCCAUCCUCAUCCUCUCAACGUCUGUCUGUCGAUGAAGAAAAUCAAUUAUAUUGUCCUGUAGAUAUUCUUAUACUUCAAUGUAAUUUAUGUAUUCGAGAAUGUUUUCUAAAUCGUUUUGCUCAAUUAUUUUCAAAAUAUGAUGAAUUCAUCUGUUAUCCAAUUCUCACCGCUGAAACAUCAACAGUUAAUGAAUGGUUAGAAAAACGAAAUACAACAAAAAAUUUUGAUCGCUCAACAUUCAUUAGUGAACAACCAAAACCCUAUGUUACAUUUUUAUUAGCAUUUAUGGAAACACAAUCGUUUGUGUCCUUUAUUGAUUCAAAAAUUAUUGCACGAAAAUUUCAACUACCAGAACAAUCCCAAAAGUUAUUUGGAUGUACUGAAAAACAUUUACAAAUAUUUUCCGAUCAUAUUCGUUCUUAUCGUUUAAAUGAAAAUCCUACCUGUUAUGAAUCGUGUUUGUCUAUUUCUGACAUCGAAGACGAUAUUCGUCGACGUUUUACAAAUAUUAACUCAAACAUUAUAAUUACCGCUCCAACUAUUCGUCCAUUGUUAUCUUCCAUAUCUUCACCAUUACAAACACAGCAACGUUAUUUAUUUGAAACCUUAAAUUCCAUUCUAUUGGAAAAUAUAUUACUCUCAUCCACAACUAGAACAUUAGUGAGUUCAAUUCAACAAGAUCAUAAUUCGUAUGUAAUAAAAUCAUUGCAUCAAACACCAGUUAAAACAUCGUUCAAACAUUCGUCUUCGUCGCGUCAGACUAAAUCAAAGAAGCAAAAUACACAAAUGGGCAGUGAGCAUGUGGUCGAAUCAGAAUUAGUUUUUCAACAAUUAUUGAAAGAAUGUACAAUGAAGACAAAACGAAUGGUACUAGAAAAGAUGAGCGCUGAAGGUAUCAAUUUGGGUAGUCAACGUGAUGAAACGUAUAGUAAUUUGGAAGAAAAUGUUUUGAUCGGAGGAUUUUGUGAUCUACUAGAACGAAUAUGGUCACAUAGAUUACAUAAUAAACCACAAGGAAAGUCGGCAUUAUGGAAUCAUCUAAAAUGCUAUUGUAAAUUGAAAGAGUAUGAAAUAGCUGGAUUAUCAUCAUAUUCAAAAGAUGAAAACCCCGAUGAUAUUUUUCCACUUUUAGCAUUGGUUUGGUGUUUGAUGCGUAAACAUUUAGCUCGCGGUACCCAUCGAACCCCAUCCCCUAGUAAUCAUCGUUCUCAUACAUUACCUCGAAAUAAAUCAGUGAGUACAACGGAUCGUCGUACUCCUACAUCUACAACGUCUACCUAUUCACCAUUUAAUAACCUCCGAAAACAUAGUCCUUUAACAACUUCUACAUUGAGUUUAUCACCCCGAAUAUCAUCUCAACAACAGCAGCAGCAACAACAACAACAAGAUUUUCUGAACUCAUUACCAUCAGAUUUAAUGCAUGAUGUUGAUCAAAUUGUUGAACUUAUUUCACCAAUAUCAUCAGAAGUUGGUUGUGCUCGAGCCUUUAUACGUUUAUCAUUGGAACGAAAACUGUUGAGUGAACAUUUGAAAGAACUAUUUGAACAUGCUGAUUUAUUAAAAUCAUUAUAUAAACGUGAUUCAUUUUUGAGAGCAGAUGAUGGUGAAGCAAGACAACAAUUUCUUGCACAUGUUGAAUCAUUAAAAUUAAUUGACUAUUUUUCAUUUACAAAUUCCUAUUCAGAAAUUGUUAUUAAAUAUCGGGUGAUCAUUGUUCCCGUUCGUGGUUUUCAUGCUCAAUCAACAACAGCAAAUCCUUAUUUAUCUAUCGAUGGAUCAUUAAAAUCAACAAAAAUAAUACAAAUACCAAAAAAUACAUUAGAAUUUGCAUUUAAACAUAAAAAUCUCGGUCAAUUGACAACAUUAAGAAUUGGACAUGAUAAUACAGGAUUAAUGCCAAGAUGGGCUAUUGAAUAUGUUCUUGUGCAAAAUGAGAUUACGGGACAUAUUUACAGAUUUCCCUGUGGUCGUUGGCUAGGUAAAGGUGUCGAUGAUGAUAGUCUUGAAAGAAUAUUAUUUGCAGAAUCGGUGCCAUCAUUUAGUGAAUUGUAUCCGAAAACAACAGUGCAUGGUAACAAUUCAAAUUAUCAGAAUUUAAAUGGAUCAAAUACAAACUUAGCAAUAAUUCGAUCACGUUCACCAAGUAUACGACGAUUGAGUGAAUCAAAUUUUAUGUUAAGUUGGCUAAUGAGUAGAUCAGAGUCUAAUUUAAAUUCUUCAACAGAUUAUUGUCAAACAAAUCAAGCUGACGAUAUUUAUGAAUUAUUAGGACGAUCAAUCAAUCAAUUAGUAAAAUAUUUUGAUGAAUCAGAAAAAAACCGUGGUAUCGUUACACCGAUAUUAUGUGGUGAAGAUGGUCUUGUGAAUAGUUUAGAAAAAACAUUUUCAUAUGGUUUGAAAAAAAAUGCCUUUCCAUUUGGACGAAAACGUUAUGUUUGGGACUUUUUACUUAAAGUUUGUGAUGAAUAUGAACUAAAACGUUCAGAAUGGCGUAAUAAUAAAAAUGAUCAAUUGGAAAAAUCAAUUAUAUGUUAUACAAAUGGCGUGAGAGCAAUUGAAAAAGCUCUACAAAAUUUUGGAAAAGAUGGACGAUUCCAAAGUUGGUGUUGUUUGGGAUGCAAAUUACAUUUAUUAGCUAAUUGGUUUGAAUUAUUAACAUUAUGUUCCGAUUCGUUAAUAAAUCUAUUUUAUGAAUCAAAUUCAAAUUGUUUUCGUCAAGAGAAAAUAAAUCAUUUUAUAUUAAAUAUAUUACAACCAUUGAAAGAAUUUGAUUUUCAGUUAGAACCAGCUCUUUUAAAAGGUUUAGUGUAG